GAUUGUAGGGAAUAGAGUGAUUUGUGGGAUGCAGGGCUAUAAGGGAAGUAGGGUUGUAAGAGGAAUAGACAUUUAAGGGAUAGGGGGAAGUAAAGGAUUGACGGGUGUAAGGGAUAAAAAGGUGUAAAGGAUGGUGGGAUGUUAGGCAUACGGCGGUGUGAGGGACGCUGAGGUGUAAGGGUGAUAGAGGUAUAAAGGAUGCAAGAAUAUAAAGAAAGCAAGGAUGUAAAGGAUGCAGUGAUGUAAGGGAAUCAGGGAUGUAAAGGAUGCACACGGGAGUAAUAAAAUCAACACGUUUGUCCUCCUAAUGAGUUUAUUCAAUAAGCUAAGAAGAUAAAUAGAGCAAAUUAAAUGAACGCAAAAAAUAAAACAUGGGUAUAUAUAUGUUUAGCAGGUAGAUCUGCACCCCUCGGCGGUCGCUAUAAGACUGAGGGAUUUCACUUCGCUCUAGGUCGAAUGGUUGACAACGGAAAUUGUCUGGAAAUCGUUUUUUUUUAAUGUGGGGAAAUUUUGCAUAAGACCUCUCACCGACUCCUGGGAGAGUUUUGUUAUUUGUUCAAAUAGAAAUGUGUCUGCCGUGGAUUGGGCAUAAUACCUGCUGGCUCACGGUGUCAUAUUCAAUGGCGGGGCACCUUCCCCACUGAGGACUUAAACCGCCAUUUUCCCUAGAGGGACGGUGAAGGUGCUCGUGGUGGUGCUCGGCGGUGUAUGUCUGUACUAUUCAGUCCUAUUGGUCCUAUUGAAAUGCUUCUAUUAUGUAUCGUAUUUGUGUUAAAAAUGCCUGUUUCAAAAAAUGAAUGGAGCAGUUCAAUCUGACAAUUGGAGGAUUUCUUUAGGGACACGUAAUAAUUUAUUGUAUAAUGAUAUUCCGUACAUCCCUCUGUUAGUAGAGGACAUUAAAACCUUUCUUUCUUUUGAGGAUCAUGAAGAAAACGGUGUUAAAACAAUACAAACAUUAGGAGAACUUAUUCGAAAGACCGGAACGCGGGCUGCAGUUCUGUCAUUAACACCUGGAAAUAGUUCAGAAUUUCCAAUAAGUUUCAAAAAUUUAGAUCUUGAUGAUAUAUAUAGUAAGGGUCCAAAUGAUACAUAUUGUGCAAUAUGGGAAAAACACAUUGUAUUUAAAGUAUAUGGAAUCCUGAAGGUAGAAGAAUCGGAACCUAUAUUGGAAAUUACACAUUUGGUACCAGUUCGUGAUAUAACAGGUACAUGGAAUGUAAUGACAUUGUUAGUUCCAAUAGCACGUUCAGAAUGUAGAUAUUAUUAUCGCACUAGAGGGCAAAACAAUAUGUUACAGUUACAAUGGGAUAAAAUGGAGAAAGAAGGGAAACGUUUAGUGAAUGAAAAUAUAGAUACAUUGCAUUGUAUUCAAACUUUUGUUUGAGAAAAAUUGCUUGAAGAUUAUAUUUGUCAAGAUAUUUCAUACAUAUUUUAUUGUAUCUGUUUGCUUAUAAAAUAUUUAAAAUUGAUAUAGACAAAACAAUAUAUAUAUUUUCUAGUCA